GACAUCAAGGUGUUCUAGAAGGAGCCGCUCUUGUCCUCUGGUCAGAUGUUCUCCUGCAUCUCGCUGCUGACGACAUCCUCUUCCUCCUCCUCCUCACCCUCCCCAGUUGAUGAGAAUCUUUAGCAUCCUGCUUUGCGGCGGUAAAGCACACUUUGGACCGAUCUGGACUUUCCACCAUGACAGCCAGCAAGGAGCAGCCGAAGCAGAGAGCCAAUAAUCCCCCGCAGCAGGACGAGGAUCUUGGUGGGGUGAGUCCGCCUCAGAGGAACUGGAAAGGCAUUGCCAUCGCCCUGCUGGUCAUCCUGGUGGUCUGCUCCCUCAUCACUAUGUCGGUUAUUCUCCUUACACCAGCUGACAGCCAAGCUGGAAGUGACACCAAGCUGACAGUGGAGGAUCUCUUUAAGCCGGAGUUCCAGGUCCACGACCCAGAGGCUAAUUGGAUCAAUGAUUCUGAAGUUAUUUACAGAAACAGCGAUGGUCAUGUUGUCAAGUUCAACAUCCUCACUAACGAAACAGAGAUUGUCCUGUCAAACGCAACAUUUGUGAAUUUCAACAUGGCCAAAUACUCUGUGUCCCCUGACCUGAAGUAUGUGCUCUUUGCUUAUGAUGUCAAACAGGUUUACCGACAUUCCUACAAGGCUUCGUACAGCAUCUAUAAUAUUCACACAAGGGAGGUUUGGGAACUGGAUCCUCCAGAGGUGCUGAAUUCAGUCCUCCAAUACGCUGCCUGGGGAGUGCAAGGCCAACAAUUGAUUUACAUUUUUGAAAAUAACAUUUACUACCAGUCAGACGUGAAGAGCAAUUCCCUUAGGCUGACGUCCUCAGGGAAGGAAGGAAUCAUCUUUAAUGGGAUUGCUGACUGGCUCUAUGAAGAGGAGAUCCUUCAAACUCAUGUGGCACACUGGUGGUCACCUGAUGGAGAGCGGUUGGCCUUCCUGGUCCUUAAUGACAGUUUGGUGCCCAACAUGGUGUUGCCUUGCUUCACAGGCAUGACAUACCCCAAAGGAAAGCAGUACCCAUACCCCAAGGCCGGCCAACCUAAUCCUGUGGUGAAGCUUUUUGUUGUCAAUCUUUAUGGGCCGACUCACACCCUGGAACUUACUCCUCCAGACAGCCUCAAACUGCGGGAACAUUAUGUGACCAUGGUGAAAUGGAUCAGUAAGAUCCAUAUGGCUGUCAGGUGGUUGAACCGCGCUCAGAACAUUUCCAUCCUGACUGUGUGUGACACCACCACAGGAGCCUGCGUCAUGAAACAUGAAGAAACUUCAGAAGUGUGGCUUUCCAAACAGAACCAAGAACCAGUGUUCUCCAAAGACGGAAAACGAUUUUUCUUGACUGUUCCAGUUAAACAAGGCGGGCGUGGAGAGUUUCUUCACAUUGCUAUGUUCACCACACAGUUCCGAGCAGAUCAAAAUGAAGUACGACAUUUAACAUCAGGAAACUGGGAAGUGACAAAGAUCCUUGGCUAUGACGGAAAAAACGACAAUCUUUAUUUUCUCAGUACGGAAGGUUCACCACAAAGGCGACAACUCUACAGUGUUAAAACUGUAGGAUUGUUCCCACGAUGGUGUUUAACAUGUGAGCUCAAUAAAGCCCACUGUAUGUAUUUCGACGCUACCCUGAGCCCCACGUACCAGCACAUCAUCCUGCACUGUAAAGGUCCUGGAGCACCUGCAGUCAUCUUGCACAGCCUAAACACUUCAAAUUACUAUGUUCUAGAGAACAACUUUUUACUGAGGGCAGCUUUGAACUACAAAAGGAUCCAACUGACAGACUUCAGAACAGUCCCAAUUCAACAUUUUGAUUUACCUUUGAAAAUCUCGUAUCCACCUGACUUCUCUGAAUCACGUCACUAUGGACUCCUCUUGAUCAUCGAUGGCACCCCUGGUGGUCAAGCUGUGAGUGACCGCUUCAGUCUGGGCUGGGAUUCCGUGCUGGUAAGCUCAGACAACGUCAUCGUGGCUCGCCUGGAUGGGCGGGGAAGCGGCUUCCAAGGCCAGAGGGUUCUUCAUGAGGUCCACCAGAGACUUGGAACUGUGGAUGUUCAGGACCAGAUCGCUGCAGUGGAAUACAUGAUGAAGUUUCCAUACAUUGAUAAAACACGCGUAGCAGUUUUUGGAAAGGGUUAUGGAGCCUACAUUGUAUUAAUGAUGCUCAAGUCGACAGAUAGUUUAUUCAAAUGUGCAUGUGCAAUGUCACCUGUCACAGACUGGAAACUGUAUGCAUCCGCCUUCUCUGAGCGAUAUCUUGGCAUGCCUCCACUGGACGACAGCAGAUACCAGUUCUCCAGUGUGCUGCAAAAUGUUCAUGCGCUACGAGAGCAGACGUUGCUGCUGGUGCACGGCACAGCAGAUGCUAACAUCCACUUCCAACACACAGCUGAGCUUGUGAAGAAUCUGGUGAAAGUUGGAGCAAACUAUUCAAUGCAGCUCUACCCAGACGAAGGUCAUUUCCUGUCGGAUCAGAGCCAGCAGCACAUGUAUGCCGCACUCAACCACUUCUACAGGGACUGCCUGAAGGAGUCGCUCCUGCCACCGACUGAUGACGAAGAGGAAGAGGAAGUGUAAGAUCAGGCUUUAAGUAGAUCUGUUUUGGACCAAGACAUGGUGGAAAGGACACAUGUUUGUUAAAAAAGACAACUUCUGGACAUCGGAGAUGAAGGUGACACUUUUUACUGAGGCAGGAAAUAACCUUUACAGCAAAGCACACUGGAUACCGUUGCCAUCGUUUGCGGGAUGACUGAUCGUCCACAUCAUCCAAGUGCAUGCUGGGAAUCCACCGAUAACACUUGUCUCUCUUGUGGAAGACACUUUGCUCACAUCUUCUGAAGAGUAUAUGAAAUAUGUGUACAUUCUCAUUCAUACGUCAUCAUUCAAAUCCUGACUGGACGCACCUCAACUCUAGUUUGUUGAAGACCUUUGACCUUUCAUCCAAAACAUUUAUUCACUUCUAAAUUUGAAGUGGGGAUUUCCCCUGUGUGUUCUUGGGGUGGUCGCAUUAGGGUUGUUAUUGUCGUUGUGUUCUGCAGCGGAUGGGGAACAACUGUUCUGCAUAACAAUUAAUCUCUAUUCUGCCUGGUGGCAAAACAACUCGUCAGUGGAAUGAGAGAAUCUUUGGGAAAGACAUGUCAGAUCUCUGUUAGAUGGCGAUGAUAGCUGAUGACAUAAACUUCAAGUGUGACAUCUUCAUCAAAGAUGCUUUUUUUAAAACCAGCAAUCAUUUUCCAUAACUUGGACAUCUUGGACUGUUUCUUUUUCUUCUUAUCAAUUGCUGACUGGCGCCAUUUGCUUAUGUAAGAGGCGUGUGUUCUCUUUCAUGUACAAGUGAUUGCAGUACUAUACUACACUGUACUGCAUUAACAAUAUUAAUACACUUCACCAAUGAUUCACAAACAGUAGUGGUACGAUGACUCCAUCAAGUGGUACACCAAAGAAUCACUUGAUUUCCAAUAUUUAUAUACAGUGUUACUGUUCAAAAUGUGUGUAUAAUGUUACAGUGUCCAAAAAUAUGAACUAUACUUGUUAAAUUAAACCUCUGCUUUGUUUAUAAUGAA